CUUUCUGUUGACUUCAGUGGGUAAUUUUUCCAGUGACUACAGAUAUUUUUAUUUGGUUAAAUACUCGACGGUUAACUUUAUUCAAGUAGCCUACUGAAACGUGGCACUCAAUUAUUUCAGAUACUCGUGUUGAUACAGUGUAAAGGUGAAGUCAUGUCAGGAUUACUGACCGCCAUAAAGAGAAUCGACGAAGAAGCAGAAGUGGUGCUGAAAAACGCAGAUUUUUCCACCGACUCGGACAUCAAGACUCUGACUCGACAAGACCUGCAUGAGCUGUUUCCUGGACCGGAUAAACUCAAACUUAGAAAGAAGCUCUUUGAUAAAAUACACAAAGAGCCACAUCAUGCCCUCAGAAGAGAAAAGGAGGAAUUCCUUCCAAAAUCCUUGAGGGCUGCCCUAAAAAACAUUGCAGUGUUGGAAGAUUACCUCAAAAUCUUGAAGGAACUUAAGACCAAGACAAAUAAUGUACAAGAUUAUCUUGAUACUCAAAUCAAGCUUAUGGAAGAGCUCAGAGAAGACACACCUCAAUGGGACUCUGGUAAAGGUACUGAAGCCGGAGCAAGCAAUGUCUCCUACAAAGACCAAAAUGGAGCGUAUGCGGCUGGUCCAGUGGUGCCAGCUUAUGGGUCAACCAGUUACGAGUCAGAGGGACAGAAAGAAGAAUACUACUGGGUUGAUAAAGAGGAGGCCCAGGAUUGUACUGGGAAGUACAAGAUGGUUGUCAGUGGCAAAACCUUUGGUGCGCAUCAACAGUUCUUGGACAAAGUGAAGGCUGGGGUUGAGCUCACUGAAAGCAGUGACGAUCAUGAGAUCACUAUUCUAUUCUGCGUUAUCAGUUCCCGUGUGGGCUCUGAUGUGGAGGCCGCCAUGCCUCAAGUGAAAGGUGAAAAAAAAGUAAUUCUGGUGUUGAUGCAUCACUCACGUGAGCCAACGGUCAUGACUUGGGCUCGUGGUGAUAAAUAUGAUAACAUCAGGUUGCAUGUCAACGUUUUCUUCCACGAGACAGUGCAGGGAUUAGUAGAGUGUCGAGAAAAUGAUGACGCUGUCUCUGGGAUUCAACAGAAGUUACUGGAGUUCUGGCCCAGAAGAAUGAAAUAUCCCAGCACACAAAGUAACCAGGGUGGGGAUGCUGAAGGGGGAAAGGGUGGUGGGAAGUCUGGGAGAGAUGGCAAGGGCAAGAACAAGGACUAUGACAAAAAGAGUAGCAGUUGGCUCCAAAAUCCUUUUAGUUUCAGUCACAGUAAGUAAUGGAUCGCAUGCUCAGCAACAUAAAAGCAACAUGGAUUGAUUUAGACUAAAUACUUAAGGAUAAUUUCUUUAACUGAUUGGUUAGAUUAGAUCAGUGUUCAAUGAUGUCAAGUUUAAUGUUAAUUAUGUGCAGAAACCGCUAAUUAAGAAAGUUGUCAUAUUUUCUGGUAUUUACUUUUUCUUCAUUAUUUGGUGCAGCCAGUCAACAACUAUUUAAAAACUGAUUGGAAAGUUCUUGUAAGUUUGUUGAAAAAUGUAAUUACAGCAUGUGGAGUGGGUUGACUUUCAUAUCUGUCAAUCAGUCUUGAAUGAAAAGUAUAUUAUUCUCCAGUUUCUACCAACACAUCUAGUCUAUAUAAUGUUGAGUCAAUGGAUGACAAAUGCUGGGCAAUAGAUUUGUGCUUGACAAUAAGUAAAGCCAACAGUACAGCUUUCACUGUAACUCUUGAAGGUUCUUUUUUGUUGUUGUCCAUAUCUUGUGUAUUGUGUAAGUUAAGACUUUAGUGUACAGUAGAUUAUAAAGAGCGGGAAAGCCACAAAGCUCGAUAGCUGCCAAAAUUAUUAAGUUUGCUUACUUUUUUUUGCGUUAAAAUAAACAAUUAAUGCAAAUAAAGAUCUGAAAAGUUAAUGAUUGCUUAAAGCAUAAAUGUAUUUUGUCUUUCCUCACCUUACUCAAUCAUGUCACAGAAAUGUAAUUGUGAUGAUUGAUUUCCUUUCAAUAAACUCAGUUUGUGUGAAA